AUGCCAGCCUCGCGUAAGCGGCAGACUUUCAAGGAAAAGAGGCGCAAAACUCACAAGGCCGACAAGCUGUCACUCACCUCAGGUGAAACUCACACUCCAGUCCCUAGAAGUGUCGUCGAAACUGGUGUCGUCAUGCUGCCCAAGGAGACUGCGAAGGUUGAUAACCUUGCUGAGAUGACUGAAAAGCGGGCCGGGAUGCCGAAUUUUCCUGAAAACACUGGCAAAGAAGAGCCUAUCAAGAACCAGGAUCUCAGCGAAGCUAGAAAAGAAAAACAAUCGCUGUCUACAACCAGGGAGUCUCUCUCAAGGCCAUCCGAGGGUAGAACAGGCCAAGAGCCCAUCAUAGUCGAUAGUAAGGAUGACAACAGCGACGAGUGGUGUGACUGCAGCUCCGAUGGCGCCUCCAAUGCGAGCGAGGACGAUGAGUAUGAAGCUCGUGAUGCCGACAACGAGCACAUGCGCAAAGCACCCGCGAAAAAGAAAAUCGAAAAGACGAUUCGGUACAUGAAAUCCUUUUACAGCACCAACAAGAAUAUGCAUUUCCAGGAGGUCAGUGUCAAACGUCUGAGGGGCUGCGACGACUAUGUCAGCUGGUCGGUUGGUAUCGAACUUGUUCUGCGCAUGCACCGGCUCUGGGACCUGGCCAUCGAUGCGAUCGAGCCUCUGCCGGAGCAUCACAACCUGUUCGCAUUGUACGAUCAUAUGGUCACUGUGGCCAUCGGGAUUGUGUGGAACAAUGUUUCGCAGAGCAUUCGAGAGGACCGGUGCUUUCUGCGCGGUGUCAAGAUGCGCUCCAUUGACGAGAUGAUGUUCCACCUCUGGGUACAUUAUGGAACCGUGCCUCCCCCAACCUCCGAUGACUCGGACUUUGCCACAGACUGA